AUGUCUUCGUUCAUCCCAACCGCCCAACUGCGGCUGGAUUUUGCAAAAGCAUUAUCACGCAUGUAUUCCCAAGAAGUACCACAGUAUGCAACACUUCAGACGUUGGUAGACAGAGUCAACGACAGCUCUGACGCGAAUAUUCCCCUGACCGAGGUGCCACGACAUGGCGCUGUCCGUCUUGCCUCUUUAUCCGAAUUGAGUGUAGCGGCGAAAUUCUUCAAAGUGUUGGGUAUGGUCUCCGUGGGCUACUACGACCUCUCGGCAGCCGGGCUACCAAUUCACGCCACGGCCUUUAGACCCAUCACCCAAGAAGGUCUAUCCAUAGCACCUUUCCGGUUAUUUGUCUCGGUAUUGCGGCCGGAGCUUCUCACCGAAUCACUCCAGCCGCUCGCCAGGUCCCUUCUUAGCAAGCGUUCUUCGGUCUUUAGUCAGAGGACGAUCGACCUUGCCGACCUUGCCGCCUUAAAGGGGGGUCUCACCGCGGCGGAAGCAGAUGAAUUCAUCCGUGGGGGGUGCGAGACACUCGCCUGGAGGAACCAGGUGGCUUUAACAAAGCAAGACUAUGACACGCUCAAGGCCGAUAAAAACGGUGAUUUACUUAUCGAUAUCAUGGCUUUCCGUAACCCACAUCUGAACCAUCUUACCCCCGCGACGAAGAACAUCGAUGCUGUUCAACGGGGCAUGCUUGAAGUCAGCCUGGAGCCAAAGGAUCGUGUCGAGGGACCUCCGGAGCGUGACAGCAACGUGUUGCUGAGACAAACGAGCUUCUUGGCAGUUGACGAGGGCAUCGUGUUCGACCAGGCGGCAGACAAGGGCAUGAGAGGCAGCCACAGUGCACGCUUUGGAGAGAUUGAGCAACGGGGUGCUGCGCUGACUCGGAAGGGGAGGAAACAGUACGACGAGGCCAUCUCGGAGGCCACGCGGUCAAGGCUGCUCGUGGACGGCAAAGAGCCUGCGUUCAAGGCCUUGUUCGACAAGGCACUGCCCGACGACUGGGAGACCCUGAGGAGCGCAGGGCUGAUAUGGGUCGAGUACAGCCUCACCGAGAAGGGGGAGAAGCAGGGGAAGUCCAGCGGUGUCAAGACGCUGCAAGACGCUGUCGUCAAGGGACUGGUCGGGUGGCAGGCGAUCCAGUAUGAAGAUUUUCUACCGUUGUCAGCGGCCGGUAUUUUCCAGAGUAAUUUGCACCAUGAUUCAGAAGUGAGACUGCAAGUUUCGCCGCAGAAUGCUCUCUCCGAAUCGAAACGGCAGCUGAGGGAGGUCCUGGGAGAUGAGGGGAUGAUGGACGAGAUGAAGUUGUACGAAGAACAGCAGGCGACCAGCAUUGCGAUAUGCUGCGAAGCUCUUGGAAUAUCAGCUUGGGAUUUGUAA